GUACUAGUAGUACUAGUAGUUUGUUUUGAAAUAAAAUCACUGUAUAAUGCGAUUUCGAUAAUUCUUAAUGUGUCCUGAUAUAAUAAUGCCGGAUAUUCAAGGAUGUGUGGGGAGGGUUGGCGGCACGCAUCAGCUGUUCGACGCACGUGACGUAAAACAUUGCGAUAUCGCAGAGAUGAUGAUUCUUCGGGCUGCGUAAAAGUGCCUUCGCGCAAAACAUCCCCUUCACCUAAUAACACGAGGGCAAGGGUGCCGCGCGACGAAGGGUGAGGGACGUAACAACCCAUGGGGGUGGUGGGGUGACGCGUCAAUCUGCACGCGAACCAUACCAUUGGCAUACCAUACCCUCAGUAGCCGUUGUCGGACCUUGCGCCCGCUCUAUAGUUAGUGAAGUCCGAUCUCCCAAGUAUUGAUCUAAAACCGGACAAAGGAACCGAGUGACCAGCGAGCGAGCCUCUCAAGAAACCCACCGCGAGAGAGAUUCGCGCGGUAGUUCGUAUUUAGCGUUCGUCGCGAAUAGUCGAAGUGUUCGGUGUUCAACUUGCGUGGUCAACGUUCGUCGCGUAAACAAAGCUCUUUGAAAAAAAUAUUUUUUUCUUUAUUAUGUGCUGCCGAAACAACUGUGGUGUUUAAAAGUUAAAAAAAAAAAAACAAUAACUUCAUGCGCAUCCUACGACGCAGACACGUGGUUUUAUUGUGCGUAAUUUAACAAGUGAAUAUUCAUUGAUAAAAUGUCGACAGCAAAAGCCGGCAAGAGACCUUUGAGAUCCCUUACUGCUCAUGAGAAAUUAAGCGCUAUCAAACGCGUUAGUGUUGGCGGCGAAAGUAAAGCUUCAGUAGCACGGGACAUAGGCGUGCCAGAAUCUACUUUACGAGGCUGGUGCAAAAAUCAAGAAAAGAUCAGCUAUCAGGUACGUACCAGCCCCUCAAGCCCAGAAGAACCAACCGAGAACCUUAAUUACUUACCCGCCAAACGCAGAAAACUCCAGGAUGAUCAACCUUACAAUCUGAGCAUGAAAAGCUCAGACGUUUCAAAUUGCUCAUACUCACCAAAUUCGGAAGCAAACUCAUCGGAGUAUCCUAAAUCGGACCCGGAAAAUUCGCCGCUUAACUUACGCACCACCAAGAACCCUGAAUCACAGGUCAUCACCAAUACCACUCCUAAAACCAAUAUACAAACCUCAGAAAAAGAUCGACAGGAAAACGGGACUGAAAAAAACAGAGGGGAACUUGAUAGAUUGGCUAUUGAACUGGGCCUCGAUGUACCGGAAGUGCUAAUGUCCUCUUUUAGCGGCUCCAACAAUUUCGCCGACCUCACCGCCGCUCUCGUGCAAUGGAGAACCGCUUAUCAGAGCUGGUACUACCAACAGCAGCAACAAAAAGUCUUACAGCAACAACCCAAUGUGAAACCAACCAUUGCAGUAGAUACUAAAAUGGUUCCUGCCACCAGUAGUCUUCCGCAGACCAAUGGCGGCUUACUUACCACCGUGGAUAAAAGAGACAAAAUAACAAACAUUGAGCAACAACCCACCGUCUACGACUCAGUUUCCUAUUGGCUUAGACAACAAUCGUUGCUAAACCUAAGCAGUCAACCCUCUACAAUCAGCUCAGCGACUUCAAAUGCACCUCCAGUUACUUCUACCGCAGGGGGAAGUACCACUACAUCCACCUCUUUAGUCGACCAGGCCAAUCAACAGUUGAGACUCUGGAGCUGGUAUCAACAGAAUUAUGGUUUCUCUCAGCUGCGGAAUAUACAGCCAAUGGUACAACCAGAGGCACCACCUCAGGCACCUCAGACAGCCACUCAACAGCCUCAGAUAUUGUAUCAUCAAUUGACUAAGAAUACAAAUGAGAGGGAUGUGAACAGUGAAAAUGAUACUGUUAAAGAAGAUAAACCAAAGAUUGUCAGUAAGAAUCGUUCUGUCUUGGAUAAUUUGUUGUUGAACAAUAACAGUAUUAGCUGUGACGUAAACAAGGAGGAGGAUUAUGAUGGUAUGGAUGCUCAAGAAGCUAUUGAAAAUGGUGAAAAAUUUCUUCAUUGGCUAGAGAACUGUAGCGAUCCUUCUGUGACCACUCUACAGCUCCAUACAGUCCAAAGCUUGAUUAAGAAUCUGAAGAGUGGGUUGGAUAGAAAGAGUGACCAGAGCAGAAACAAAGUCAGGAGGAAGUAAUUUGAUAUUUCCUUUAUUGCAAGAUUUUUUUUUUUGGUUUAAAGCGCCGAAAUUUUUAGUACAAAUUUUCGUCUAAGCUCAAAAAAAUAAAAGGAUUAAACAGGGUAUCCAUUUAGUUGUAUAAUAUUUAAAUAAAUAUCUUAUUCAAUCCCUGUGGCAAAAGUGUGAACUAACCAAAGCACUUGCUGAUGGCUGUUAAGAUUUAGUCAGAUUGUAUAAUAGUUAAUCUUAACAUUUUUUUGUAAAAAGUUCCUGAAUGUUACCUUAUAUGUAUGUAAUAAUAAUUGUAUAUAAUAUAUUAUACUGUGUGCUAGAGACUUUUCACGGAAAAACUUUAUUAAUUUGCGCACAAAUUUUUAAUACUCGCAUAACUUAAAAAUUGUUGGGAAUUUUUGAAGAGUCUCUGUAUUUAAUUUAUCGAAAUUUAUCUAAUUGUUGUUGAUGCCAAACUUAUUAUUACCGAAGGUCAUUUAUUUGCUCAAUUUUUUUUAUAAUAAUUAAAUGUUUGUAUAAUAAUUAGUUUCUUCCUACCAAAGUAUUAUUAUUUAGGGUAACUUAUGAUUUGCAAUAUACGCUUAAAAUGAUUUAGGAUUCAUUUAAUAUUAAUUGCAAUAAUGAUCUCCAGAAUUGUACAGGGUGAUUUAUUUUGUGCGUACAUUUGUAAUUUGUUUAAUAGUA